AUGGCCUCGGACAUGUGCCCAGCCAACUCUGCACCAACCCUGUCGUUUACCCAGGGGCUCAUCGUUGGCCAGAUCUCCGUCGUGCUUCUUCUAGCACUGUUUAUUAAGUUCUUUAUAUUCGGCGAGGCUCCCUCACCCGAGAUCACCGCCACCAUCCGCGCAGCCGAGCGUCGAUCUCGCACUCUCGCCCACCGGCAGUCCCUCCUCUCCCUCCGAUCAUCCACUCCACAUACAGCAGCGGGCGCCGCUUCAAGGUCGCCCCAGCCGACGCUAAAUCAGAAAAAGUCGAGCGUCCUACGGAGCCCGCCGACGCUCACUAUCGGUUCCAUCCUCAACAAGACCUACUACAACGUCGAUAGCCAUCAACCCGAGUCGCUGGACUGGUUCAACGUGUUAAUCGCUCAGACCAUCGCUCAGUUCCGCAGCGACGCUCAGCAGGACGAUGCCAUCCUCAACUCCCUGACCAAAGCCCUCAACGGCACCUCCCGCCCGGACUUUCUCGACGAGAUCAAAGUCACCGAGCUUACCCUCGGCGAGGAUUUUCCCAUCUUCAGCAACUGUCGCAUCAUACCUGUUGACGAGGAUGGCCUCAGCCUCAACACUGGCCCUCAUGGUGAGAAGCGCUUCGAUGCUAAUAGCACCCGCGCCAAGCGUGAGGGCUCGCGGCUGCAGGCCCGCAUGGAUGUUGAUCUCAGCGACAUGAUUACACUCGCCGUUGAGACCAAGAUUCAGCUCAACUACCCGCGGAGGCUGACCGCCGUCCUGCCCGUCGCCCUAGCCGUGAGCGUUGUGCGCUUUAGCGGCACCCUAAGCAUCUCGUUUAUCCCCUCAAACCCAUCACAGACUACCCCGACUAUGAUGACCUUCAACUUCCUAGACGAUUAUCGCCUCGAUUUCUCGGUGCGUAGUCUGGUAGGAAGCCGUUCGCGUCUACAGGAUGUGCCGAAAAUCGCCCAGCUCGUGGAAUCGCGUCUUCAUCGCUGGUUCGAUGAGCGUGCCGUCGAGCCCCGUUUCCAGGAGAUCGCUCUUCCGAGCAUGUGGCCUCGAAAACGAACUACGCGGGGCGGUGACGAACCCCUUGACGGCAGUACCACUGCAGCGUCGGUUAGCGGUGGUAGUAGUAGUAGCGCCGGCGGCAGUGCGGGCAAGGGUAAGGGCCGAGAAAUAACCAAAGAAUUGAAAGAGGGGGCUCGUAGGGAAGUCGAGACACAAAUGGCGAAGCGCGAAUAUAGCCCGGUCCCCCGGCUGCCCGACGCCCUGAGACACAGACGACCCAGAAGCCGGGGUAACGGGUCCGGUAUGGGAUCAGGAGAGUUUAGUAUGCCUGGCAGCUUACCAGGGAUGGGGAUCGACCUGGCGACUUGA